UACGCUUUUCUCAAAGAAAGACAGAAUCCAAUUAGAUUUCAUGACAUUGGUAGAAGGGAGUUUUGGAAAUGGCUGCCGUGAAUUGUGAUCGGAGUGCAAUGGAUCAGCAGUUUGAAAAGCAAAAUGGUAUGGUUGACCGUCUGAAAAAGCUUUAUCCUGCUGUGAAAGAAGAAAAAACGCCAUUACCCAGAUCCUGGAGCACAAAAGAAAAAUAUACGUAUAUUGGAUUGUCUCAGAACAAUUUGCGUGUACAUUACAAAGGUCAUGGAAAAACCCACAGAGAUGCUGCUAGUGUUCAAGCCACUCAUCCUAUACCAGCGUCUUGUGGUCUGUACUAUUUCGAGGUGAAGAUUGUCAGUAAAGGUAGAGAUGGAUAUAUGGGAAUCGGCCUUUCUGCUCAAGGAGUUAACAUGAACAGAUUACCAGGUAUGAUAGGUUGGGACAAGCAGUCUUAUGGUUAUCACGGGGACGACGGGCAUUCUUUCUGUUCGUCAGGUACUGGACAACCAUAUGGUCCCACAUUUACGACAGGAGACGUUAUAGGUUGUGGAGUCAAUUUGGUGGAAAACACUUGUUUUUAUACAAAGAACGGUCACCAUUUAGGUAUCGCAUUCAGAGAUCUCCCUCCUAAUCUCUAUCCUACAGUUGGUUUACAAACCCCUGGAGAGGUAGUUGAUGCCAAUUUUGGACAAGAACCAUUUUUAUUUGACAUCGAAGAUAUGAUGAAUGAGCUGAAAACUAAGACAAAAAUGGAAAUAUACAAUUUCCCAGUGCCUGAAAGUCAGGGGGAAUGGCAGGCCAUAUUGAGCAAAAUGGUAUCUUCUUACUUAAUACAUCAUGGCUACUGUAAUACAGCUGAAGCAUUUGCUCAAAUCACAAAUACACCUUUUUCAGAAGAUCUUAAUUCUAUCAAAAAUAGAAAGAAGAUUCUGAAAUUAGUGUUAGCUGGUAAGAUGGGAGAAGCCAUAGAAAGAACUUUCAAAUUGUAUCCUGGUUUGCUUGAAAACAAUCAGAACCUACUUUUCAUGUUGAAAUGUCGUCAGUUUGUUGAAAUGAUUAAUGGAACUGAUUUGGAUCGUAGUUUGAAAAGAAGUUGUACUGAUAGUAACAAUAGUUCUCCUCCAAGGCCUGCCAGCCCUGUACUGACUUCUGUCAUACAGUCAACGAAAAAUUUCAGUAAUAAACAGAAACAGCAGGGAGUCCAAGAAAUGAACCAGGCUAAUGCUGCACAUAAAGGAAGCUUUCCUGAUUCUGAUGUUAUAGCCAUAGGUAACAGUGAUGUUGAAAUGGAUGUAACAGAAGAAUCACAAAAUGGACACGGUGAUAACAUUACAAAAACAAGCAUUAGCACAAAUGGAUAUCAAAAUGGAAAUAGUCACAUUGAUGAUUCUCAGAAUGUUAGUCAUACCUGUGAUAAUAACGAUGACGAAGAAAUGGAUGUCGAUGAGCCCUGCAGUAAGAAAGCCUGUACACAACCUGAAGUAGAGAGAAUAUUAGAAUUUGGCAGGGAAUUAUAUAGCCUUAGCCAAAGGUUGAAGGCAGAUAAGGUAGAGAAUGAAACCAAUCAGAAAAUGCUAGAGGAUGCGUUUAGUUUAUUAGCAUAUUCUAAUCCCUGGUCAAGUCCUGUUGGUUGGCAACUGCGUGCAUCAGAGAGAGAAAAUAUAUGUGCUUCCCUCAAUUCAGCUAUUUUAGAAUCAAAUAAUAAGCCUCGUCGACCUCCACUGGAGGUUGCAGUGGCGCACGCGCAGGAAUUGGUGCGUCUGAUGUCGGCUAGUGGUCUGGGCGCGUGCGCCUUCACAUCAUUAUUUGACAUCAUCGAGCAGUGACCUCAGUUUGGUCUAACAGCGACGUUGCAACACUUUUCGAUGAAUCCACUAGCGAGUUGUCGCUGCUGCUGACUGCCAAAAUUAGAUGGAUCGUGAGGUGUACAGACACUUACCGCUAAUUACGAAAGAUCCCUGGAGAUUUAUUUCAGAAGAUCAGUGGAAUAUUCAAUAUAUGAAAGGGAAAGAUGAUUUUUUUAUUGAGCGCCAUUAUGCCUUUUACUUUGAUUUCAAUAUAAUGAUAAUGUUUGUUGGUUUUUCGUAUAGAAUUUUUGUGGGAAUUACUGCUCUGCAUAAAAGUAAACCUUUUUAAACUAUUAUACAAGAUUUUUGAAAUUCUCCAUACCUCAGCUAUAUCAUUCAAGUUUUUUGGAACUCUUUCUACUGAUGAUAUAUGAGCAUUUUUUAUAAUUUGGCUGAAUCUUGCAUUUUCUAUGUUAUUAUAUUUUAAUUAUUCAUCAAAAGACUUGAGAGCCAUGCAAUUUUCUCCCUGACUGCUAAUAGUUUUGAAGUUCAGUUCAACCUGUUUUUUAUGUAAUGUCACAAUCUGCCUUUAAAUAUUGUAUUUUUUUAUUGUUCUUCAUUAUCUUACCAUUAAUAAUGAGAAAUAUAAUAAUCUCUAUUUUCUCUCUAUUUUUUUUCAUUGUUAUUUGAAUAAGAAUCUGAUGUUUAUUUUUAUCAGAGCAGUUGAACAUUGUCCAUCCAUCAAGUUCUGCAGAAAAAAUAUCUUAAACAAUAAAUGAUUUAUUGGUUGUCUUUUUUAAUUCUUGUGUAUGAAUUGUUUUAGAAAAAUAAAUAUUUUAUGUAAGUAAUCUUCCAAAUCUUGCUCCGAGUUGAAUGAAUUGUAAUUCCACACAGCAAUAUUCAAUACAAUCAAAUACAGAGAAUUUGAUAUGGAUAUCUUCCUCAAGAUGAGCAAUCAUGACUUAAAAUCAAUUCAAUUUCUUUUCGAAAAUAUAUUUGUCUUUUUCCCAUAUUUGAGUGGAAACAUUGUUUAUGUCGUGGUUUUUUAUUUCAUUAUUUUUACUAUGACAUUUUAAUUCGUUUUGUUUGGAACUUCUAAUCAGCAAUUGUUUACUGGAUGAAAAUUUUCUCUGAUGUCUUUGAGUGUAAUAGAAUGUAAAUUGCCAUAAAAUCUUUUGGUACUUGCAAGAUAUUUCAACACUUGCUUCUUGCAUCGAAGACCUAAAAUUUUGUUAUUAUUAGCUGAUAUUUUGAUAACAUGAUUAUGUAAGUUUUCCCCUGAAUAUUAUUGAACGAUAUGCGCCACAAAAUAUGACUAAGCGGUAAGUCAAUUUAUUUAUUGAUUUGUAUCUCGCAUGAUAAUGUCUGGAGUGGCAUGUAAAUACAUGGGGUUCAUCUUGUGAAAUCACUUAGUCCUAAUUUCUCGAAAAUUUUCAACAGUUGUAAGAUGUGUGAGGUUUACUAAAAUUCUAUUUUUUACAUUGCCUAUCUAAGAAGAGAAAAAUGAACGGAUUAUUAAUAUUGAAUUGAAAUUCAUGUCAAUCGAUGAAUAGUUCAAGUGAAAUGUUUUUAAUUAACUAGAUUUCUUUUUGGAAUACUUUAUUGUAAAUAUGUUAUCCUUAUGUUAUUUCAAUAAUAAAAUUGUAAGUUGAUAA